GUGGCAAUGCCAAUCAGGACCCCAGCGACGAUCUGACCAUGAAGAAUGGAACUCAGACAUCUGAUGAGAUUCAGUUCGCUGACAGCUGGAAGGUGGGGGAGGUCCCAGGGUGCUCGUCUAGCUGCACCGGGGACUGCUCAGUCUGCAGUGAGGCUCAGAAACAACCCUAUAAGGGAGACCAGUACUGUGGGGUCCUCACCCGACAGUACGGGCCAUUCAGACAGUGCCACGGGGCCAUCGACCCAGCUCCCUUCUUUGAUGAUUGUAUCUAUGACACCUGCCAAUACAAGGGUCACCAGGACACGCUGUGCACCGCAAUCAGCGCCUACGUCACAUCCUGCCAGGCCAAGGGCAUCUGGAUAGGGCAGUGGAGAUCGGCCUCAUUCUGCGCACCCACCUGCCCCCUUAACUCUCACUACGAACUCUGUGGAACCGGCUGCCCUUCCAACUGCAACAACCUGUGGGCUCUAGAUCGGUGUGAGAAACCCUGUGCUGAAGGGUGUUUCUGUGAUGCUGGAUUCACCCUGAGUGGUGACAAGUGCAUCCCUGUUGCGCAGUGUGGCUGUGUGCACCAGGGCAGGUACUACAGGAAGGGAGAGGAGUUCUACCCCAGCGCCUCCUGCCAGAAACGCUGCCUGUGCAAAGACAAUGGGAUCGUUGAGUGCCUGGAGACCUCCUGUGGAGCCAAUGAGGAGUGCAGGGUGGAGAACGGAGUCCUGGGCUGCCAUGCCACAGGAUAUGGAACAUGCGUCGCAUCCGGCGGACCUCACUACAUCUCCUUUGACGGACGGGCCUUUGACUUCCAGGGCUCCUGCACUUACACCUUAGCCAAGGUCUGCAGCAGAGACUCUGGACUGGGAAACUUCUCUGUGGUGGUGGAGAAUGAGAGCCCUGGUGGUGGCCAGAUGGCUGUGAUGAGGACAGUGGUGGUGUCCCUGCAUGAUUACACCCUCACCAUGGAGAGGGGGAGGAAGUGGAAGAUUGUGGGUGGUGAGCUCUACACCCUGCCACUGGCUACGGACGAUGGAAAACUUUGGAUCAACCAAGAGGGGAACAACAUCAUUGUCCAAUCAGCCUCUGGCCUCAAAGUCUUUUACGACACUGCCUCCUACCUCCUAGUGUUCGUCCCCAGCACCUAUAAGGGACAUGUAUGUGGCUUGUGUGGCAACUUUAACGAUGACAAGAACGAUGAUUUCCUACUGUCCGGUGUGAAGAGUACCCAGAGUGUGGAUGAAUUUGUCGCCUUCUGGAAGGUGCCUGUUGAGGAUGCCAUAUGCUCUGAUGGCUGUGGUGAGAAGUGCCCCAUCUGUGAUGCAGCCCAGACAGCGCCGUACCAGACUGAGAGCUCCUGUGGGCUGAUCCUGGCCACCUCAGGUCCCUUCAGAGACUGUCACUCAAAAAUCAAUCCUGUUCAGUACUUCAACCACUGUCUCUAUGACAUGUGUGCCACCAACGGAAGGGGAGAGACCCUCUGCCAGAGCCUGCAGGCCUAUGUGGCUGCGUGCCAGGCAGCUGGGGCCAAGAUCGAGACCUGGAGAACGGCCUCCUUCUGCCCCCUUGCCUGCCCGGCUAACAGCCACUACGAGCGGUGUACCAGAUCCUGCGAUUUCACCUGUGCCAGCUUGUUUGCCCCUGCCCAGUGCACUGGGAAGUGCUUUGAAGGCUGCUGGUGUGAUCCAGAAUACGUGUCCGAUGGGGAGGCAUGCGUCUCCAUGGACAGGUGUGGCUGUGUGCACAAUGGACGCUACAUCAAGGCCGGGGAGAGCUUUGUCUCCAGCAAAUGCUCUGAGAAAUGCACCUGCCACGCUUCAGGCGAGGUCAUCUGUGAGGAAACAAACUGUUCCGAAGAGGAGACAUGCAUGCUCAGGAAUGGGGUGCGCAGCUGCGUGAAGCAGGUGGGCCGGUGCACGCUGGUCCCAGGAAUAUGGUUCACCUCCUUUGAUGGUGUCGAGAGGGAAGUCCUCCUUGAAGGGCCCUACGAGGUGUCUUCCUCUGCGGGUUGA